AUGGUUAGUAUACACACGCCACCAAGCAAUCGACAACACGCUGCUCACUUCUUAUUUACAAAUUGAUAAACCCAGUGCAUUUUAGAAAGAAAGAAAGAAUAAAAGAAAGACAAAAAGAAAAAACAAACAUUAUUAUUAGUAUUAUCAUUAUUAUUACUAUUACUUGUACUACUGUUACUCUCAGAGAACAGGAGAAAAAGUUUUUGUUUUUUCCUUUUGGUGUAAAUGCCGUGUCUCUCUCUCCUUACUUCACUCAUAAAGGUUGACGAACUGUGAUUAGCUUUUAAUUAAGUGGCAGUUGAGGGCUUCAAAACAAAAGGAAAAGAAAAGAAGGGAAAAGAAAUUAAAUAACCUUCUAAUUAACGACUGCACUAAUUAGAUUAAAUAACAUUGAUAAGAAGAAAUCAAACAAAAGGGAAUAACUUACAAGGUGACCAACUGUAGCUAUGUGGAUCUCGUUCUAACCGGGUUAUCGUGUUAUAAACCUGUUGCAACUGCCUCAUUUAGACGUCAUCUCUGUUAAUUAAUGAUUAAUACUGAUUGGAGAUUGUUGCUUGUUGCUUAAGAUUGGAAAACUUCCCUAACCAUUCAGAACCAGCAUCAGCUACCCCGCGGAGCCUGUGGUAGAAAAAAGGAAGAAGACCAAGCAAAAAAAAACCACAUCAAAGCAAUUGUUUGGAUUUACGUUAUCAGUAAGCUUUAAGGAACAAGGAAAAACAAACAAUAAACACACACAAAACCACCCCUUAAACAAACGAAACAACAAAAAAUUCAUAUAAAUAUCUAUAAAAAAAAACAAAAAUAAAAGACUUCCUCCAUGUUUCAGAAAUAAUAAUAUAAUACCUGGUGGAACAACUACUCGUACCUGCUGCUGUGUUGCUGUUCUUGUAGUUGUUGUUGUUUGAUGCACAUAUCUUUUUAUUAUUAAUGAAUGGAGAUAUGCAGAUAGGAGAGUUAGGAAACAGAUGAACAGAAAUGGCUGUGGACAGAAUGGUAGAGUUCCUGUUCCUCUUCAAAGUAGUUCAGUAACAGCUCCACGUCCUUUCUCUUGCUUCCCAAACACCAGCACUGGCGAUGGAUCGACUCAAAGUGUAGCACCCUCUUUACCCCUUCGUCCUGUUCACAGCAGCCUUCUCCCCGGCUACACUGCUCCAACUAUUGUCCAAGCUGCAGAAAGCUUGCAUACCGUGCGCACAGCUACACAGCCUGGUCUGGAGAUGCAAUCGGUUCUUAACAGCAGCCAAUCGUCUAUUGGCAGCUUAUUUCGGCCUUCUCCAACUGUUGCUGAUCCAGCUCCAAGGAUUUAUCACGCUGGCCAAUACGGUAACUCUCUCUAUACGACAGCCAAUAGCUCACUAGCUUCAUUUUCCUCUCUUUAUAGCAUUCAUGGACAGCCAGCCGGUCAUCUAGCGUCUGGUGCUGUGUCACCUUACAAUACAUUCUACCCUCAAUACCCACAAGGCUACUCACCUAGUUGCCUGUUGUCACCAGCUGGUCACUACCCUCACUUGGACUCCUACUCUGCUGUCCUCGCCAGCAUGGGCAGCCACACCCAGCAUGUCAGCCAAUCGCAGCUACCUCGCACAUUCAUGCCAACUCAUAUAUCACAAUACUCUCCACUGUCCAGUCAUCGGAAUGCGACUCCGACCACUUCUCCCAGCUCCGCCGGCAACCUCGGACACUCGCCCAGCCAGUCAGCUCUUAUGCAUCAACACUCUCCUAAACAAGAACAAAUGAGGGAUUCGCUCGCUGAGGCUGCGACUGUCGACGGCUACAGUCACUCGCCACGUGGAGUUGCCCCUUCUCAUAGUCUUUCAAAAGAGGAUAAGUCUCACUCAGCCUCAUCACAACAACAACAGCAACAACAACAACAACAACAACAGAAACACUUGCACUCUCGUCAGUUAUCUCCCUUAUCGACUCAGAAUAAAACCAGUUCUUUACUGAAGGACACUACAACCACCCCCAAAACAGAUCUCAAUAAGGACUUGGGUUACAAGGUACCAAGUGGCAAAGAGGGUAGUUUGAAACACCGUAUACUCACCCGGCCACCCAACAUCCAAAUCAACGAAUCUCCAGUCGUAGAGCCAGAGCAAGUAUUGUCCGCUGGGGCAAAGACUUAUCAUCAUAAGUCAGAAGCCAUAUCGCCGGCGAAACGGUCAAAGUCGAUCAGUGAGAUGGCAUCGACAGGCUGUGAAAUGGGAAUUGGACAACACCAACACCCACACCAACAACAACAACCACAACAGCAACACCAACCACAUCAUCAACCGCAACUACAAGGCACAAGGACAUCGCCUGGAAUACCUAACGCCCCUAUGACACCACACCUUCACUAUCCUCCGCAUUUCAUCAAGGGUUCAAUCAUUCAGCUUGCCAAUGGUGACCUGAAGCGUGUUGAAGAUUUACAGACAAACGAUUUCAUUCACAGUGCAGAGAUCAGUGCUGACCUCAAAAUAGACUCCAGCACAGUGGUUCGUACGGAUGAAAAUGUGGACCUUGGAACCACUAUUCUCAGCUUCCUGGUUGGUGAAAAUAAAGUUCAGGUGACUGUGGAAGCCACCCUGGAACAUCCUUUCUUUGUUUUUGGCAAAGGAUGGUCAUCAUGUUGUCCCCAACGAACGAUAAAGCGCUAUGGACUUGACUGCCACAAGUUAUCAGUUGGGGAUGUCUGCAUAUCUUUGACACACAAAGAAGCGCCCAGAGAUAUGAUCCAUCCCCAAUACCAGCAGAGCUUUAAGGGGACCAAAAUCGACGGAGAGGCCCACUCCAACUUCCGAACUGCUAGUACUACUUCUACUAUGAAUACAAUUCUAUCCACAAAAUCAACAUCAUCCCCAGUGUCUAAUUGCCAACAAAACCAAUCAUCUUAUUUAAGUCGGCACUGCAGCCCUCCAGCAGCUAUGAGCUUCGGUCAUAAACAAACUACAACACACAGUACUGAGACUCAGACAAAUUUAGCCCCAGAAGACAUUAGUAGCAAUAAAAAUAGCACUGCUACCAACACUAGCAAUAAUGGUAAUGGCUUAGGAGUUCAACAGGUACGCAAAAGGCGUUGGUCAGCUCCGGACAAUAUAAAAGUUGACCCGACUGCUGAGUUCGACAAAUCGGCUUCCAAUGUUGCUGAAGACAGUAAAGCCAAUGUCACCAAAAAUGAAUGAGAAUUUCUGUGGAUGUAUCCAUGUGUGUCUGUCUAUGUAUGUGUGUGUGUGUGUGUGGUAGUGUGAAUGUGUGAGUGCACAUGCAGUAGAAGGAUGAGGUGAUAUUUACUGCUGCCAUUGAUUAGUCUAAUAAAGGGGUAGAGAUGGAAUGCAAGAGGGGGGUGGGGGUGGGGGCAGAUGUGGUAAUGGUACGAAAAGAAAGGAAGAGAGAAAGAGCGAAAGAAAGAGGGAAUAAAACUGUGGACUAAAUGGAAAGGUGAAUGGAUUUCAUAGGGAAAAUCUCAGAUGUUUAAAGAAAGAGGAAGAUGAAGAAAUGGCUAAUUUACAAAUAAGGAAUUUUUAAAAAAAAGACAAAUGUGUUAAACAAAGUUAAUUGGUUAAAUUUAAUGAAGUUUUAUUGCUGUCUAUCAUAUACAUAACAUAUAUAGAUAUAGAUAUAUAAUAUAUAAAUAUAUACACGUAUAUAUAAAUAUAUAUAUAUAUGCAUACAGUAUAUGAAUUUUGAAACCAUGGAUUGCUUUACAACUAAAGUUGUUUUUUGGAUUAAUAUGAAUGAUAUGAUAUUGUUGAAAGGUGAAAAAAAAACAGAAACACAAAAAAAAGCAACAAAAGAAAACAAAAAACAAAAACAGUAAAACAAGUGAUAAGUUGAUUAUAUUUUUCUCAUCAGAAAGUAAACAAGAAAGUAUUUUUUUGCUUUUUUUUUGCUCCCCCCAUGUAAAUUGUUAAUUCUCCCACAACACUCUCUCUGUUUAUCUAUUUAUCUCCCUUGAUUGGAGGACAGGAUUUUUUUUUUUUUUAAAUGUGAGAUGACAUAUUUGGGAUAUAUUUUGGACAUUCAGUAAUACUUUUAAAAGAUGUUUUUUUUUUUUUUGCUAUAUUCUGAAAAUUUUUAGUCUUUUAUCCCAUUCUUGGUGGGGUUUUUAGCACAAAGAAAAAAAAAGCCCAAUAUAAAUACA